AAUAAUACAUUGUUGUGUGUGCAUGUGUCCCAGGUUAUUACUGUAGUUUCAUCAUGUUCGCUAGUUAUUUGCACAAAUCACACAUGGAAAGUCUUGCCUGCCUACUGUUAAACUGAACUUUCAUGUAGAGAGAGCCUAAUCCACUGAUCUGGGGUCAGUCUAUGUGUCUCUGCAGGUACAGUUCACGAUCACAACUGACUUUGACCUGAACUCCAAUGGAGUCUGAGACGGACUCAAACUCUCAGGCUGCUGCUGAAAGUGAAAGUGAAGCUGGUGAAAUUGCUUUCAGAGGAGAGAGAGUUUAGUGUGGAGACAAAAAAUGGCUUCUAAACUGGAAGAGGAUCUCACAUGUGCUGUGUGCUGUGACAUCUUCAAGGAUCCCGUGUUGUUGACCUGCACUCACAGUGUGUGUAAAGCCUGUCUGCAGCAGUUCUGGGAGAGUAAAGGACACAGAGAAUGUCCCUACUGCAGGAGGAACCCAGCAGCCUCUACUUCUUACCAAGAAAUUGAAGAAGAAGAAUAUCCCCUUAACAUGGCAUUAAGGAACCUGUGUGAGACCUUCUUACAGGAGAGAAGUCAGAGAGCUUCAGCAGGGUCUGUGGUGCUCUGCAGUCUGCACAGUGAGAAACCCAAGCUAUUCUGUCUGGAGGAUAAGCAGCCUGUGUGUCUGGUGUGUAGAGACUCUAGGAAACAUAAAAAUCACACCAUCAGUCCCAUAGAUGAAGCAGCAAUUGACCGUAAGGAAGAGCUCAAGAUCAAACUGCAGCCCUUACAGAAGAAACUGAAGACCUUUGAAGAAGUCAAACUCAUCUGUGACCAAACAGCAGCUCAUGUUAAGACUCAAACCCAGAACACAGAAAAGCAGAUCAAGGAGGAGUUUGAGAAUCUUCACCAGUUUCUACAAGAUGAAGAGGCAGCCAGGAUAGCUGCACUGAGGGAAGAAGAGGAGCAGAAGAGUCAGAUGAUGAAGGAGAAGAUUGAGAAGAUGAGCAGAGAGAUCUCAUCUCUUUCAGACACAAUCAGAGCCAUAGAAGAGGAGAUGGGAGCUGAUGAUGUCACAUUCCUACAGAACUACAAGAGCACAGUGGAAAGAGCCCAGUGCACACUGCAGGAUCCAGAGAGGGUUUCAGGAGCUCUGAUCAAUGUGGCAAAGCACCUGGGCAACCUGAAGUUCAGAGUCUGGGAGAAGAUGCAGGAGAUUAUACAAUACACUCCUGUGACUCUGGAUCCCAACACUGCACACCCACGACUCAUCCUGUCUGAAGAUCUGACCAGUGUGAGACGUGGUGAUGAGGAGCAGCAGCUUCCUGAUAACCCAGAGAGAUUUGAUUGGGCUGCCAGUGCCCUGGGCUCUGAGGGCUUUAACUCAGGGACUCACUGCUGGGAUGUGGAGGUUGGAGAGAGCACAUGGUGGAUUGUGGGUGUGAAGGCAGAGUCAGCCCAGAGGAAGGGAGCAUAUGGCUAUGUGAGUGGAGAGUGGUGUGUGUGGUAUAAAGAUGGUGCAUAUAGAGCAUGUGCUCCACCACAGCCCUCCACUCUCCUCACAGUGCAGCAGAAACUCCAGAGGAUCAGAGUGCAGCUGGACUGGGACAGAGGAAAGGUCUCAUUCUCUGACCCUGAUAACAACACACACCUACACACUCUCAAACACACUUUCAAGGAGAGAGUGUUUCCAUGCUUUAACAUUCCCUGUAAACUCUCUCCUUUGAGGAUGUUACCAGUGAAGGCCUCAGUAUCAGUAAAGCAGCCCAGUUGGAGCUGA